AUGCCUGAAGGUGCGAGGGCAGUGUGGGCAGUGGAGGCGAGUGCGGUAGGUGUAGGUUGGUGCUUCACUCACUGGUUCGCCAGUCUCUGUGCGAUGUAUUCGCAAGUGACCGACCAGGCCGAUGUGUGAGGUGAAGGUACGGUCGCAGUGAGGGCAGGUGUAGUCCUGAUCCUCAUCCCUGGAGUCGGAGGAGGUGGUGGUAGUGUCGGUUGCUGUGCGCGGUACAGUCGCCUGAACGGCCGCCGUUGGAGCAGUGGGCGAUGAGGAGGGGAGAGGGCGAAGGGGGCGAGGAGGAAGUGGUGGAGAGGAGAAGAACGAGGAUGAGUGGGAGGGCCGAGAGGAGGAGGAGGAGGAGGAGGAGGAGGAGGAGGAAGAGGAGGAGGAAGAGGAGGAAGAGAAGGAGGAGGAGGAUGAUGGAAGUAGUGGGUCAGAAGAAUUGUCAGGGUUAGUUGGCGGCGGAGAGGAGGAGGAAGAAGCAGGCGGGGGACGAUGGUUGGUGCCGUUAGAGAGGCGCAGUUAA